CUUCGCUAACAUCAUUGAGUGCAGCUUCCGCUCUUCCGCUCCUCUCCUGCCCCUUCUGUCUUGAAAAGGCCUUCUGACGCUGACAAUCCUCUGACGUCCUGCUUCGACGUCAAUGUACGUCAACCAUUGUGCGUUAACUGUUACAUACAAGAAAACAGGCCACUACACGAUGUUAUAGUUUAGUGAGUUGUAGUUGAUGAUAACGUCAAGGACGAUAACUACCGUUUAUCAGACAGCCUUUGAGUCAGGUGGCAACUGUUUGAGAAGAUGAUUUAUUUUCUGUUGCAAUGGUACAUCAUCGUGCCAGCACUUCUUGCCCUCUUCUACUGGCAUGGAACUCGAAACUUUUCUCAUUGGCGUAAACUUGGUGUUAAGCACAUAUCUCCCGAGUUUUUCUUCGGAAACAUUCGCAAGCGUGUUCUUUUCCGCCAAUCUUUUCAUGAACUCCAGAAAGAGCUGUACUUUUCCUUCCCUGGGGAACGAGUUGCAGGAAUCUAUGAGGGUAGACGUCCAACUCUGAUGGUCCGUGAUCCUGAUUUAAUUAAACUCAUAAUGGUUCGAGACUUUGAUCAUUUUGUGGACCGUCCUGUUUUGAGAUUUCGUCAAAGGCCAUCAGUCAACAAUAUGUUAAUAACACUACAAGGAGCUCAGUGGAAAGCUGUGAGAGCCAUUCUUACACCCACCUUUACCUCUGGAAAAAUUAAAAGUAUGUCUUUGCUUGUCAUGGAUGUGGGCAAGCAAAUGGUUUCAUUUCUUGAAAACGUUAUUGACAAACCAGAGUCGAUGCGGAAACACCCACCAGUAGCUAGGAUGGACCGGAAAUGUACUAAGGAGUACUUGAUUCCCGAAACAAACAUAACUUUGAAGCCCGAAGCCAGUGUCUCUAUUCCAGUGAUGGGUCUUCACUAUGACUCCCAGUAUUAUCCAGACCCAGAGCGCUUUGAUCCAACACGGUUUUCUGCUGAAGAAAAGGCCAAACGGUCACCGUAUGUGUACCUGCCAUUUGGUUCAGGUCCACGAAAUUGUAUUGGUGCCCGUUUUGCACUGACGUCCACUAAAAUGGCUCUUGUUUACUUUCUUCAAGGCUUUGGAGUAGAGCCUUGUUUGAAAACAGAAAUUCCUUAUGCUUACAGCAAAUUCAGCAUGCUCUUAAAGGCUGAGAAGGGCAUUUGGCUCAAUAUAAAGCGCUUGACACACUUCUCAGACCACUCUUCGCACAAUUGAAAAUGUUUUUACCUGUCUAAAAGUGAAGAAAUUUCAAAGACUGUUUCUUCUUAGUUCCUUCUUGUAGUAACUAAGAUUUAGAUUUUGCUUCAAUGUUUAAUUUGUUCUUCCCUGGGUAUGGUAGGAUUUAUUAAUAUGUGAUUGCUGGGUAUGAAUUUUGUGUCAUUUGUGUAAGGGAUCAUCCAGAAAGUACGUCCAUCAAUCGCGGUAACGGCGUUACGCACCUAUGAAGUUCAGCCAAUGCUAUGUCUCUUAGCGCCUGAUGGGUAGGCAACACCCUGCCCACAGUGCAUACGUGUACCGCGGGGUGGCCUACCCUGAGUCUCGCAGGCGCCGAGCACCCAUUAAUUGCCGAAUGAAAAUGACAAAAACGGACUUUUUUUUCUGCACGAUCCCUAACUAUCGAAGCAUUCAGGCAGUUUUUUUAAUAAUCAUUUUCGAUAAACUUCUGAACGUGUCUUGUUAUGCCACCUAUCACGAAAACAGAGAAAAGUAUGUUGUAAAAAUGUUGAUGCUGUAAAUAAUCUUUUAGCCUAUGUGAAUAUGAGUGAUUUAUGAAAAAAAUCGUUUUUAUUAGCCUUCUGAUGUAUUUCUAAGGGAAAGAUUCUGUUCAGAAUCUUACCAAAACUAUUGUAAAUUUACAAAAUAACCAAUUAAAUCGGUGAGAUGUUGAAA